AUGACCGCAGGCGUGGUUGUGAUAUCAUACUGGACUACAGUUCGAAUUGUGGACAAAAUUGCCUAUAUCACAGUGUUUUUGGUUGUGAUAAUUGUCAUGAACUACUGGAGUGGUCGUUUCCUUGGCCGCUAUGAAGUUGUUCUUUCAUCGUUCAAAGUCAUCAUAGUGUUGGGACUCAUGAUCCUGUCAAUCGUUAUUGCCUUUGGUGGCGGUCCAGAUCACAAGAAGGGAUUUCGCUACUGGAGAAAUCCCGGCGCGUUCGCCAACGAGGAAGACAGGACCGCUUUGGGGGUAUUCCGCGCCAUCUUCAGAACUUUCCCCUCCACCACACUAUCUUACUUGGGAACCGAACUAAUUGGCAUGGCUGUGUUGCACACGCAUGACUCUCGAAAAGCAGCAGCUCGAGCAAUUCAACAAACAUUUUACCGCAUUCUGGUCUUCAAUCUUGUUAUUGUCACUCUAUUAGGGAUGGCGAUUCCUUACGAUGAAGACAUAUUAGCAUUGCCCAUGUAUACCUCCAAGCGCACUGCGUCAGCAUUCGUCGUGGCGGUUCAAAUGGCUCAUGUUAAUGUGCUACCAGAUAUAUUGAAUGCAUGCAUCCUUAUCUUUGUCGUUUCUUCGGCAAGCAGGGCCCUUUGUAUGGCAACAAGGAUCAUUCGCGAGCUUUCCUUUGAGAAGAACGCCCCUCGGUUCCUUCGACGCACCGAUAAACGCGGCGUGCCCGUGUACGCCUUAGGAAUAAGUUUCGCCCCAGCCUUAUUGGGUUUUCUGAACCUGCUCACUAUCUCUGGGCGUCUGUGGAGCUACCUAGUCAAUCUGGUUACUAUGUUCAGCAUAUUGACCUGGGUGUCAAUACUCGUCAUCCAUAUAUCGUUUGUACGUGCCCGCAAAUGCCAUAAGAUUGCAUCUGAGGAGGUGCCCUUUAAAGCCCCAUUCGGCAUUCUUGGUUCGUGGAUUGCUUUGGUGCUUUGCAUCUCUAUACCCGUCAUGCGAGCAGUCGAACUAUCUGAUCGCAAUUUCUACAGUCAUGGGUUGGAUGUUGGUGCUUUCGUCACCUCUUUUCUUGGGAUUCCUCUUUACUUCGCUUUGGUCCUGGGAUAUAAGGCGACAUCGAGACGAAGGAGACGCCAUGCAAAGACAGAAGCGUUACCUACCAGGCUGCGAAGUCUGCAGGAUACUGAGACAGAUGGGGCAGGGCGCAGCGAGAUUACAGCGCUAUGGAGGGGACGAAUUAUCCCCAUAUGGCUGAUAUGA